ACUGCUUCGCUUGCAAAGCAGUCCUUUUCUUCCCUUCUAGUAACAUUUACUAAACCCUAACUUUGGAUCAAUUAAAUUCUCUAAUUUCUUAUUCUUGAUAAGACUAUAACAACAAUGGCGAGUGUUAAAGGAGAAGAAUCGUCCAGCAAGCUGAAGUUGUAUUCGUAUUGGAGAAGUUCUUGUUCCUAUCGUGUCAGAAUCGCGCUCAAUCUCAAAGGAAUAAGUUAUGAUUAUGUACCAGUUAACUUGGUUCAAGGCCAACAAUUCACUCCUGAGUUCUUGCAGCUGAAUCCAAUUGGGUAUGUGCCUGUGCUGGUUGAUGGAGAUAUUGUUAUUUCGGAUUCUUUUGCUAUCCUGUUGUAUCUUGAAGACAAGUAUCCUGAGCGCCCGCUGUUGCCCUCUGAUCUCCAGAAAAGAGCCAUCUCGAUUCAGGCUGCUAAUAUUGUUUCCUCUAGCAUUCAGCCUCUCCAGAAUCUAGCUGUGCUUAAAUAUAUCGGGGAAAAGGUGAGUCCCGAUGAGAGAGUUCCUUGGGUUCAAUUUCACAUUCAAAAAGGCUUUACUGCUCUUGAGAAGCUGCUGACUGACCAUGCUGGAAGAUAUGCUGUUGGAGAUGAAGUUUCCUUGGCGGAUGCGUUUAUUGAACCGCAGAUCCAUGCAGCAAUUAAAAGGUUCAAUGUCGACAUGACUAAGUUCCCUCUUCUAUCAAGGCUGCACGAGGCGUACAACGAGCUACCUGCAUUUCAGAAUGCUAUGCCAGAGGUGCAACCAGAUACCCCUUCAUCUGCCUCCCAGUAAUGGAUAUUUUACAGCAUGAAGUAGGACUUGCUAGAGGUCCAAGAUAAAGCUCAAAUAAUUACAUGUAAAAGAAUAUGAAUUGAUGCGAAUAAUUGGCCUUAGCUGACCUCUCAAUAUAUUAUGAGGUGCUUAUUUUGAUAGGAAAAACAAAACAAAAAAUAGGGUUGUAGAUAUAUAUACCUGAGCAAUAAUGACUUGUGGGAACAUUGUUCAGUAGGUGUAUAUUUGGUAUUUAAAUGAAUAAAAACUUUUUGAAAUCA